UGUAUGUAUGACAUAGUCGUGCAUGCAAUUUCCAGUCGCUCAGUCCCAGCGUCCCAGCGCAAGGCUGUGACCAUGUGACCAUCAAACAAGAAACAAAAACUGCUCACAAUUCUGAACGAAAAGCACACAACGAAAGAAGCACCGAAAUUACAAGAAGACUCGACAAACUCGAAACCAUGAUCCGCCCAAUGAGCCAAAUCACCAACAUCUUUAGCGGUGUCGCCGAAGAUGUCCGUGCCACGGCUUCUACAGCAGCCGCAAAGCUGGAAUCUACAAAAGCAGCCGCCAAGCUGGAAUACGGUGGCCUCUCGGCAGCCGCAAAGCUGGAGUACAAGGGCUUCUCAGUAAACACCCGCUUGGGUCUCGUCAAACUGGAAGAUACCUUUUCGGCACUCGGCGACAAGUUCUACUCGGCCAAGGCCCAGAAAGAAAGAGAGAUUGAAGAAAAAGAUAGGGAAGCAAGGGAGCUUGACAGGAUGCAAAAAGAUAAGGCAGCAGAGGAGGAAGGAAGACGACAGUGCCUGGAAAUCAUCCGAAAUCACCUGAUUGACUAUCUAGAACACAACACAGAGGCAACAUUCGAAGAAUGGCUGGCGGAUCUGCAUCCAGAGAAUGCCAAAACUGGGGAACUGGAUUCUCGUUUUCUUAUCCCAGGAAAUCCUUGGGCGGCCAUUUUUGAAGAGGAGGUCGCCCACAGGCCAAAACCAACAUGCCCACCAAGAAAGCUUCAUCGAGUGAUUAGCGUUUGAGACAGUCCUUGCAUCUAGUGUAUACGGUCUGGAUCUCUCACUCGCGGGGUUGGAGCAUCAUAAGGCCAACCUCUGGCCUGGGCUCAAUCGUCCUGUGAUGGACAACCCAACAAUAGCAACUACAGCAACAACGACAUCAGGGACCACGAGACCCCGAGAUACGGGGCGACUUCCAUGUACUGUUUCCUCGACACGGAGGAGAUGCUGUCGAUGGAUUGCAUAACUUAUUUAAAACGCAGCGUAUUAAUUUCUG